GGGAGACGAAGACGUUGAAAUACUACAUCUAUCGGACAGAGAUAAGCCUUUAAGUUUUUACAGUGUUUUAAACAUUUCAGAUACAACGUGCGUGGAUCCUGAACACAGGACACUGAGAACAGAUCGCGAUCCAAGAGCCGUUGAGAUUCAUUGGUAAUUUAGCAGUCCGGGAGAAUGAGUGAAAACGGCACCGAGAAGGAUCCAGCUGCUCUGAGAGAGGAGGGGAACUGUCUGUUCAAGGACAGGGAUUUCCAGGGGGCGCUGUCCUGUUACACGAAGGCCCUCAAAUGGAGCGACACCCAAUCAGAAUGUGCCGUCCUGCUCCGCAAUCGGGCUGCCUGCUACCUCAAACUGGAGGACUAUUCCAAAGCGGAGUCCGACUGUAGCAAAGCGCUGGACUCGGACACUGGCGAUGUGAAGGCCCGGUUUCGCCGCUCGCAGGCCUUGCAGAAGCUGGGCCGCCUGGACCAGGCUUUCAAAGACAUCCAGAGGUGUGCACAGCUGGAGCCCAAGAACAUGACCUUCCAGGAGAGCCUGCGGCAGCUAGGGGCGCAGAUCCAGGACAAGGUCCAGCAGCUCUCCUUCACAGACGCUCGUGUUCAGCAGAUGUUCUCUCUGCUCCUGGACUCCUCAGCGCAGGAGUCUGACAGGCACAGGGCGGCUCAGAAUCUGGUGGUCCUGUCGCGGGAGGACACGGGGGCGGAGCAGAUAUUCCGCAACGACGGGGUGCAGCUCUUGCAGAGACUGAUGGAUUCAGGGAAAGAGGAGAUGAUUCUGCCUGCGCUGCGCACACUGGUGGGGCUUUGCAGCGGGCACCAGUCCAGGUCCAUGGCUAUCGUGAAUGAGCUGGGAAUGGAGCGGCUAUGUGCAGUGAUGGGGUCGGGGGGAGAGCAGGUCUCCCUGGCUGCCUGUCACCUCCUGCAGGUCAUGUUCGAGGCUCUGAUGAAGGGAAUGAAGAAGGACGUGCGAGGCAAAGAUGAGGCCAUUCUGCUUGAGCCGUCUCGGGAACUGAGGUCAAUGCUGCGUCACCUCUUGGGCGUCCUCACGGCUCCCGCGGUGUCCGGGUCGGGUCGAGACAGCGCCAUUAACCUGCUCGUCAAACACGUCCCGCGCAAAUCCCAACGAGAUCCUGACAACUCGCUCAGUCUGUGGGUCAUCGACCAGGGGCUGAAGAUGGUUCUGGAGGUGGGGGGCACAGUCCCAGAUGCCGCAGGCCCCCCCCCCCCCCCCCCCCCCCCGACUGACAGCACACACAUGAGCUGCUCGGUUCUGCUCAGCAAGCUGUAUGAGGACAUGAAGAGCGAUGGCGAGAGGGAGAACUUCAGCUCCCUCUGCGAGGAAUACUCUGCCUCCCAGCCUAUAAAGAAACAGGCCCUAGGUCUGUCCGGGAUCAUGGAAAGCAUUAUCUCUCUGUGUGGCUCCGAUACAGAGAUCCACCAGCAGGUGGCAGUGGAGGCCCUGAUCCACGCAGCCGGCAAGGCCAAGAGGGCCUUCUUCAUCGCUGCCAAUGGCGUGGCGCUGCUCAAAGACAUCUACAAGAAGAGCAAGAGCGACAAGAUUCGAGUGCGCGCCCUGGUGGGUCUGUGCAAGCUGGGCUCGGCAGGAGGGACGGAUUUCAGCAUGAAGCAGUUUGCUGAAGGAUCCACUCUGAAACUGGCCAAGCAGUGCAGGAAGUGGCAGUGUAAUGAAGCCCUGCCCCCGAGCUCCCGACGCUGGGCGAUCGAGGGCCUGGCGUACCUCACCUUCGAUGCCGAUGUGAAGGAGGAGCUGGCAGAGGAUGGGCAGGCUCUGCAGGCCAUGUUCCAGCUGGCCAAGUCAGAGGAUAAGACGGUGCUGUUUGCCAUGGGCUCUACGCUGGUGAACUGCACCAACAGCUAUGACUCGGAGAAGCCGGACCCGCAGAUGGUGGAGCUGGCAAAGUACGCCAAGCAGCACGUCCCUGAAUAGCACCCCAAGAUCUAUGAGGUGGUGCGGCCGCUGGUCAGCCUGCUGGGACUCGAUUGCACGGCCCUGCAGAACUUCGAGGCGCUCAUGGCACUCACCAACCUGGCGGGCAUCAGCGAGAGGCUCCGGCAGAAGAUAAUGAAGGAGGGGGCGGUGUCGAGGAUCGAGGGCUACAUGUUUGAGGAUCAUGAGAUGAUUCGAGCGGCUGCGACUGAGUGCAUGUGCAACCUGGUCCUGAGUCCAGAAGUGCAGGAGAGGUUUGUGGCUGAGGACAACGACCGGCUGAAGUUGCUUGUGCUGUACAGCGGGGAGGAUGACCAGAGACUGCGGAAGGCAGCGGCUGGGACCCUGGCCAUGCUGACAUCGGUGCAGCCCUCCCUGUGCGCUCGCGUCCCUCGCACUACGUCCCACUGGCUGGAGAUCCUGCAGGCGCUGCUGCUGAGCGAGAGCAGGGAGCUGCAGCACCGCGCCGCAGUCAUCGCUAUGAAUCUCAUGCAGGCGGAGCGCGGGCUGGCCGAGCAGCUCAUCCAGAGUGAGGUGCUCGAGAUCCUGUCCGUCAUGGCCAAGGGGGGCGCCGCUGAGCCCAACCCAGCCUGCCGAACCGCCAAGCAGUGUCUCGACAUCGCCCUGGACUACGGGCUCAUCAAACCCAACCUUGCAGAAUGAGUGAGAAUCGCUGGCACACUGCACCUUCAGAUGGACACAAGGAACAAGCAAAAAGAUUGUUGCCCAGGGUCUCCCUCUAGCAGGAUGCCUGACCAGCACUGUAGAAACAUGCCACUGUGACACUUGACUUCCAUGAAGUUUAUGACUGAGACUAACCACAGACUGCAGAAGGGGGAGUAUUGUUCUAUAGGCUGCAGGGAUUGGACCAAAGAUUGUGUUGUCUUAAAACAUAUUGACAGCUGCUUCUUGUCACUACCCUAAACUUUAAAGACCUGAUUUUCUAAUUCCUUCACUCCUACCAUUCCAGUUUUUCUAGUUGUUAAUUCAGUUCUUCUGUUUAAUUUGAAUUCUUUUAAAAUGUUUUUUAGUGCAUGCUUCUGGCACGCAGGACCACGUUUGAGUCACCUCUUAAUGCUGCUAAGUGAUGCAGCUUAAUUUCCAGAUGAUUUCUUCUUUUGUCUUGCAUCCAGAUUCUAGAAUGCAGCAACCAACGUUCUCCACAUUGUAAACAUUACCCAAACUUAGUGUUAUACAUUCCAUCUGCGAAGCACCCAUUUGAUUAGAUCUACCCACAAUGCUUUAAUAAUCACUUGCCACCUAUUUUUUAUUUUAUUUUUUAAUUCACACAUAAUUAUGUGCAAUAAAUAAUGUUCACACGGA